AUGGCUACCAUAGCAACUUCCAUUGUCGUUUCAUUCACAAAACCAUCUUCUUCUUCUCUGUUUCUCACAAAAUUCACUUCCCGCAUUCACUCUGUUUCAUUUCCCAAGCGUUAUCAUUCAACGACGAAGCUCAUGUCGCACACUCUCGCACGUGCCGCCAACCUUGGCCUCACAAACCCCACCAACAUCGAAACCCCGAAGAUCUCUUUUUCUGCCACGGAUAUUGAUGUGACGGAAUGGAAAGGAGAUAUACUGGCUGUUGGUGUUACGGAGAAAGACCUAACAAGAGACUCAAAAUCAAAAUUUGAGAAUCUGAUCUUGAGCAAUAUUGACUCUAAGUUGGAUGGUCUGUUAGCUGAGGCCUCUUCUGAAGAGGAUUUCUCUGGUAAAGUUGGUCAAUCGACUGUUCUUAGAAUUAAAGGACUUAGAUCAAAGAGGGUUGGUUUGAUUGGUCUUGGACAGUCACCUUUCACUACUGCACUGUUCAAGGGUUUCGGUGAGGCUGUUGUCGCGGCUGCUAAGUCUGCUCAGGCUAGCAGUGUUGCCAUUGUUCUUGCCUCUUCUGAAGGACUUUCUUCUCAAUCGAAGCUUAGUACUGCCUUUGCAAUUGCAUCUGGAGCUGUAUUGGGAUUAUUUGAAGAUCAUAGGUACAGGGAGCUUGUAAAUUCUCCUGCUAAUGUUCUUACUCCAGCGGUGUUGGCAGAAGAAGCAUCUAAGGUUGUGUCCUCCUACAGUGACGUUUUCACUGCUAAAAUAUUGGAUGCUGAACAAUGUAAGAAGUUAAAAAUGGGGUCCUAUCUGGGUGUUGCGGCAGCCUCGGCAAAUCCUCCUCAUUUUAUCCAUCUUUGUUACAAACCUCCAAGUGGUCCUGUUAAUGUCAAGCUGGCUUUGGUCGGAAAAGGUUUGACUUUUGACAGUGGGGGCUACAACAUCAAGACCGGACCUGGCUGUUCAAUUGAACUCAUGAAAUUUGAUAUGGGUGGUUCAGCUGCAGUUUUUGGCGCAGCAAAAGCACUUGGUCAAAUCAAACCGCUUGGAGUGGAGGUUCAUUUUAUAGUUGCAGCUUGUGAGAACAUGAUCAGUGGAACAGGUAUGAGGCCCGGCGACAUUCUCACGGCUUCAAAUGGAAAGACUAUUGAGGUUAACAACACCGAUGCUGAGGGAAGACUUACCCUAGCAGAUGCUCUAGUUUAUGCUUGUAACCAAGGCGUUCAUAAGAUUGUUGAUUUGGCAACCUUAACAGGGGCAUGCGUAGUUGCUCUUGGGCCCUCAAUCGCAGGUGUGUUUUCACCUAGUGAUGAGCUGGUAAAAGAAGUUUUGGAAGCUUCUGAACUGAGUGGAGAGAAAUUUUGGAGGCUGCCAUUAGAAGAAAGCUACUGGGAAACAAUGAAAUCAGGAGUGGCUGAUAUGCUGAACACUGGUGGAAGACCAGGUGGUUCUAUUGCUGCUGCUCUUUUCCUGAAACAGUUUGUUGAUGAGAAGGUUCGGUGGUUGCAUAUUGACAUGGCUGGUCCUGUGUGGAAUGACAAGAAGCGCACAGCGACAGGAUUUGGUGUUGCUACUCUGGUGGAAUGGGUUUUGAAAAAUGCUUCUUCUUAA